UAAAUUAUGUAAACGAGUUUCUGAAUAAAAUCCUUCUGUAAUCGACAUGUCUGCCUCUCAUAUCGACUUCAUAAGUGGAUCGACGCAACAUUCUCAAGACAAAGCCGACCAAGAUCUCGGCCUUUGCUAUGCAUAUCCGGUGAUCAAUGAAGAUCGUGAAACGAGCAACGUGCUUGUAAAAAGUCGAGGCACCCUACGAGUGUCGGAUGACGGAAAUUUAUCGGCCACGGAGGACGGAUUGUACGUGUCCGAGAAUCCCCUUACCAGCAAGAUAAUCAAGCCUUAUCAGCUCGACAAUGUCAAACGACUGGACUACGAAUCGCGGCCGCGAUUUCGCGAGAAGCUCGUGGAAAUCGCGAUACGCGAGAUUCGCGUUCACUCGCCGCGCGAGCAUCAAUCGAGCAACACGACCGAAAAGAUCGAGAUUACCUCGGUGUCUAUUCUGUUCAAGGGAAGACCAGUAUGCAAAGUAAACAGCCCGUUCAACAGACAAUUGUACAAGCUGUUGAUCAGAGAUUCCGAGCACCACGAUCUCUCGAUAGAAGUGCACACGCGACACGGUGAGUCCAGCGUGCUUCCAUUACCGUUGCCCCAACGUUGCAAGGUCAAGGAUUAUAAGACAGACAUAGACUUCGCGAUUGGCGGCCGUUCGCAUGGGAUACACGCUGGGAUCGUCGCCUGCACUAUUUCUCUAUCAACGUAUGGCUCUAUUGACGAGCCAAAAGAAAACAGCGGGUGUUAUCUUUACAGACCGAGCAACGAUCCGAACGAUCCGCAAAACGGCCUUUCUCUGCUGAGACCGCAGAGGAAACGUCCCACCAGCAGAAAAAACGUGGAAUAUUUUUUGCUGGAAGAUCCGACUUUGAUCUUCGACGUUUCCGACGUCAGACCAGCUCGUAAGUCGUCUCCUCUGGAAUCUAAACAUUCGGACAUCGUAGUGACCGAGCAUCCGGCAUUUUCUCUACUAGAUGUAUCCUUCAGAAAUCUUUUCCGCUCUAAUCGACCGCUCAGACCGUCGUCCAGCGCUCAUCACAGCAGGCAUCACAACGUCGGAAGAACAAUUCUCACCGUUAACGUGUUGCGAGGGGUGGAGAUACCGGUGAGGGAGGAAUCGGCGCUCGUCUCCCCGCUGCUGGAGGUGGAAUGGGGUAACAUUGUUCGUGCAACCUCGGUCGCGGACGGGCCCGCGCCCGUCUGGCAGGAGACCCUACAUUUGGAUCUACCCAGACAAAACGGAGAGCACUGCAUCAAGUUCCGCUUAUAUGAUCAGCACCCGGUAUGGGGCCAACAGUGGCUGGGCGAGGCGAGGAUCCCGCUCGAGCGUCACAGGAACUAUCAGGAACUCGAGCGUUGGAUCGCUCUGUCACCCCUCUUUAGUCCAGCGUUGCUGUUCGGUUACGCGCAAGCCAGCCCGGGACAAUCGCACACCAGAAUUUACGUGCUGAUGAGGCUGGAGCAGCCUGGAAGCUCAAUGGAAGCUAGCGCUAUCGACGCUCUGUCCAAGGGCGUCCAACGUUGCUUGGCGCAUCCUUAUCAAAUAUCUGGCAUAGAAACCCCUGAUGAUGCCGCUCGACUCGUCAUGCUUCUAUCGUCGUUGCCUAUUCAUUACGGCCCGGUCCCGCCACGCCAAGCUUUGAACGUGAAUAAGGUUGAUCAUUAUGGCAGAGCGGCUUUGCUAGCGACGUUGUUGCAGGGUUUUGGCUUGCAGUCCUUCGUAUUGUUGGGUUCUUCGCAGAUAAGUAAAUGGACCGCAUAUGUUUUGACUACUCAGGAGCAUGACAUUGUUCUAUGGGAUCCCGAGAUCGGGAAACAUUAUAAAUUAAGCGACAGUUGUUGUACAUUGAUGAAGGUGUCCCGUUUAAUCAAUCACUCUGGCAUAUGGGAAAACACGCAAAGGUCCACUCUGCCCCAUAAUUUGAAAUACAAUGUGACGAUCAGCAAAGACUGGCGACCGAUCGUACCUGUCACUACGUCAUCGAACGUCCAUCGAUCCAUUCAGACACUGGAAUUAACCGUCACGGCCGAGGAAGAUGUGCAGCUGCGAGAAAAGUCGUCGCAAAUGGAGCAAUAUUUACGAGACAAAUUAUCGGGUUUGCGCAGCGCUCUCGGUUCGACGACGAUAUUUAAUCGUCACGCAAUGAACGUCUUGCGUGGGUUCAUCUCCGAUAUCCCGAACGACGUGAAAUAUCAAUUGGACAAGCGUGACCUGAAGCAAUUAUUCAGAGCCUACCAUACGCACGGUUUCGUAUUGAAUCUGCGUCAAGCUACCCUUGACGAAUUGGCGGAACAAAUAGCCGCCACGAGGGUCCAUAAUAUUACCGGUCCCGUCGAAUUUGCUCUUGUUUGUCAUGUACAACGAUACGUCGGUAAGACAUCUUCAAUAUGGUUAGCUCUAGCGAUUUUACGGAAUCGUUAAUUUCUGAUUGUCGAUCGAUGAUCUCGUCGAUCUAUAAAAUAUAUUGAGAUAUCUUCAAUUAUAAAAGAUAAAUAAACUUAGAAUUAAAAUGCUAAUAACAGUUACAACAGAAACAAAACCGUCGUUGAGGGAAUAAAAGACUGACUUUUGAUACGUAUUAUUAUUAAAUAUUAAA